CUGUCAGGUCCACCUUAUCACCUGAGGAGAUUAUCACCAGCCAGAGGGAGACGUUAACACCUCCAAUCAGGAUGAGUUCCCUGACCUCUGACCCUAACCAGACAGACGUCAACACCAUCAUCCGACCCCCUUACUUCUUCAUCAGUGGUUUCAGAGCCAUCCCCGACAUGAACUACUACUACAUCUUCCUCUGUUUUGUUUACAUCAUCUCUCUGGUGGGCAACACCUUCGUCAUGACUGGCAUCUAUGUGGACCGCAGUCUCCACAGCCCCAAGUACAUCGCUGUGUUCAACCUGGCCUUCACAGACGUGUGUGAAAGCACGGCCCUGGUUCCCAAGCUGCUGGACAUGUUUCUGUUCAGCAGACAGCUCAUCUCCUACGACCAGUGUCUCACGAGCCUCUUCUUCGUCUUCCUCUUCAUCACCAUGCAGUCCUUCAACCUCACCAUCCUCUCCUAUGACAGACUGGUGGCCAUCUGCUGCCCGCUCAGGUACCACAUGAUGAUCACACACAGGUCCAUGCUCCAGCUGACGGGGGCCGCCUGGGCGUUUUCUGUGUUGAUGGUGUUGAUCUCUGUGUGUCUCAUCACCCGGCUCUCUUUCUGUAGGUCUCUGGUGAUCAACAGCUACUUCUGUGACCAUGGUCCCCUGUUCCGUCUGGCGGUCCCCUGUUCUAAUGUGGUCCCCAAUCAGAUGAUGGCGUAUCUCAACCCCUGUAUAGUUCUCUAUCUCCCAAUGAUCUUCAUCAUAUCAUCAUACAUCUGUAUAACACACGCCCUGUUCACUAUCACACUGCCCCAGGACAGACUCAGAGCCAUAAAGACAUGCACCUCACACCUAAUACUGGUGGCCAUAUUCUACCUGCCUGUUAUUUUAACAUACCUCCUCCAAUCCCUCAUACCAACCAACGCCCGGAUCAUCAACCUCUCCCUAACCUCGAUACUGCCACCAAUGCUCAAUCCCAUCAUAUACGUUCUGAAGACGGAGGAGUUUAAGGUAUCAGCCAAGAAGAUGCUCAGAAGAGGGGCCCAAAGAGCUGUGACGCAGGUCAAACCAACAUGAAGUUCUUGAGUUAUUUCUCUUAAAAAUAAUAUAUUUACAGUGCGUUCUGAAAGUAUUCACACCUAACAGCCAUUUUCAAGACUUGGCAUAGAUUUUCAAGGCCAUUUAAGUUUAAACUGUAACUAAGCCACUCAGGAACAUUCAAAGUCAUCUUGAUAAGCAAUGCCAGUGUAUAUUUGAACUUGUGUUUUAUGGAUAUUGUUUUACACUUUUACACUUUUUUAGCAGUUUUACUUUAGUGCCUUAUUGAAAACAGGAUGUUUGGGUAUAUUUGAAUUCUGUACUUCCUUCUUUUCUCUCUGUCAUUUAGGUUGUAUUGUGGUGUAACUACACAGGUUUUUAUCCAUUCUCAGUUUCCUCCAAUCACAGCUAUUAAACUCUAACUGUUUUAAAGUCUCCAUUGUCC